AUGGCACUUAACCAAUCUAUCUAUCUAUCUAUCUAUCUAUCUAUCUAUCUAUCUAUCUAUCUAUCUAUCUAUCUAUCAUGGGCUUCAUUAAUCUGUUCUAUCCUAUUAAAUUUAAUCUAUCUAUUCAUUCAUCUAUACCUAUUUUGUGUUAAACUGUUUUUUAUUUUAUUUUUAUCUAUCUAUCUAUCUAUUAUCUAUCUAUCUAUCUUAUUGUGUUCAGGUAUACCUAUUUUAUUGCUUGAAUAUUUAUUAUCUAGGGAUCUAUCAAAUCUAUCAUAUCUUAUUGACCAUUCACGUGGAUGUCAAAUCUAUCUAUCUAUCUAUCUAUCUAUCUAUCAUAUUUCUUUUCAUCUAUUCAUUCAUCUAUCUAAUCAAUUAUAUAUCACAUACGGGGUAAACCAGCAAAGUAAAGAUCUAUCUAUCUAUCUAUCUGGAGGUUUGAUGUUGGAUAUAUCUAUCUAUCUAUCUAUCGAGGAAUCUAUCUAUUCUCAUCUAUCUUAUUCAUCGGAGGAGGUCAUAUUGUUCUAUCUGCGGAAAUCGAUCUCUUCGGAUCUAUCUAUUUAUUGCAUCUAUCUAUUUAUCAGUUCAUAUCAAUCUAUCUAUUAUCUUAAUUUCUAUUUAUCUUUCCAUAUUUACUUGGGCUCGUCAGAAUUUCCUUCUGUUCAUUUUAUUGUCAUUUACGUGAAUCAUAUGACAUUUCAAAGGUUUAUCUAUCUUUCUAUCUAUCUAUCUUUUACAUACCUAUUUUCCUUGUCUUUUGAUUGUCUCAUCUAUCUAUCUAUUAUCUUAUUGUUUCUUUAUUUUAUUUUUCUUUCUUUUUUUCUAUCUUUCGAAAAUAAGAAUCUAUCUAUCUAUCUGAUCUAUUUUAUUGUUCUUCUAUAUCUUCUUUCUUUUUCUUUUCUUUCUUUUCUUUCUUUCUUUUUAUAUUUAUUUAAUUGUCUGUUUCCUUCUCGUAAUUUUGUCUCAUCCAUUCAUCUUCUUUCUAUCUUCAUCUAUCUUUCAUUGUUUUAUCCCAUUAUUGUUUUUAGAAUUUUUUCUUUCUUUCAUUUAUUCAUCUAUCUAUAUAUCUUUCUAUCUAUCUUUUGUUCUUAUACAAUGGAUAGAUUCAUUUUGUUUCUUUUUUUCUUUCUUUCUUUUCUUCUUUUCCUUUCUUUCUUUCUUUUUUCUUUUCUUUCUUUCAUAUCUUAUAUUAUAUUUAACCUUCUAUUUCCUUCUAUAUUUUUUGUCAUCUUAUUAAUUCUUUCUUUUCUUUCUUUAUCUUUCUUUCUUUCUUUAUUGAACAUUUACUUCUUUUCUUUCUUCUUUAAUUUUAUUCUUUCUUUCUUUUAUUUGUACAUUUCUUGUAUUUCUUUCUUUCUUUCUUUCUUACAUAUUUGUGUAUUCAAGUAUAUUCUUUAUUUUAUUUUAUAUAUAUUUCUUUCUUCUUUCUUUCUUUCUUUAUAUCUAUCUUUCUUUCAAGAAUUCCUCCUUGAAAAAAUUGUCUUCUUUCCAUUUCUUUCAUCACUUUCUUUUUUGAUUUCUUUCUUUUCUCAUUUCUGGGGUUAUUUUAUCUUCUUUACCUUCUCGUAUGAUUUUGUCAUUAUAAAGAUUCUUUCUUUCUUUCUUCUUCUUUCUUGCCUCCUCAGUCAUCUUUCUUUUCGGUUACAUCUAUUUUAUUCUAGAAGAGGAAUGGUACAUCUUUCUUGUCAUUUUUCUGUCUUUCUUUUAUGUGUUGUCCCUUAUUUUAUUUUCUUGUCGGAAAUCAUCUAUCUUUCUUUCAUUUCUUUCUUUCUUUUAUAUGUAUACCUAUUUUUUUGUGUAGGGAGAGAUCUAUCUAUCUAUCUAUGUCUUCAUUAUCUAUCUUUCCAUCUUUCUUUCAGGUACACUAUUUUAUUGUCUUUCUUAGAGAAUUAUCUGUCAUCUAUCUAUCUAUCAUUUUUCUAUCUAUCUAUCUAUCCAUUGUUAAUUUAUCUUUCUAUUCAUACAUCUAUUAAUCUAUCUAUUUAUUUAUCCCAAACCGGAUCUUUUCAUAUUUAUCAAUCUUUCUUUUCUUUAUUCAUUCAUUAUCUAUCUAUCUUAUUUUUAUUACGUUUAGGAAUUUUAUUUCCUUCUCGUAAUUUUAUUGUCAUCCUUAUAAUUCUUUCUUUCUUUCUUUCUUUCUUUUCUUUCUUUCUUAUAUUUAUUUAUCUGGAUUUCCUUCUCGUAAUUUUUUAUUGUCUUCUUAUAAUUCUUUUCUUUCUUUCUUUCUUUCUUUCUUUCUUUCUUUUCUUUCAAUACAUUUAUUUAUUUAACCUUCAAGAUUUCCUUCUCUUUCGUUUCUUUCUUUCUUUCUUUCUUUCUUUCUUUCUAUCUUAUUUUAUUAAUAAUUCUUUCUUUCUUUCUUUAUUUCAUUUUCUUUCUUUCGGUCUUUCUAUUUUCUUUAUUUUUUUCUAUCUAUUUUAUCUAAUAUCUUAUUUUCAAUAUUUCUUUUUUUUUAAGAAUUUUAUUGUCUUCCUUAUAAUUCUUUUUUAUUUCUUUCUUUCUUUCUUUUCAUUAUUUAUUUAUCUAUUUGAUUAUCUAUUUUAUUGUCAUCCUUAUAAUUCUUAUUUUCUUUCUUUCUUUCUUUCUUUCUUUCUUUCUUUCUUCAUUAUUUAUUGUUCUAUUUUACCUAUUUUUAUUGUCUUCGGAUAUAUAAAUAAUAUCUAUCUAUCUUUUUUUUCUUUCUUCAUAUUUAUUUAA